AGCCAGGAAGCAGGAGCCGGGACGCAGGGCCCGGGAUCUCCGAGCCCGACCUCGGGCGCCCCGCCGGUCACCUCCCUGCGCGGACACCAGAGCCUUGGAGAUGGAAGACGUCGCCCGAGGGGUGGCUCCAGGGCCCCCGCGGCCUGGCCUGGUGCCCGUCAGCAUCAUCGGGGCUGAGGAUGAGGAUUUCGAGAAUGAGCUGGAGGCUAGCUCAGAGGAGCAAAACAGCCAGUUCCAGAGCCUGGAGCAGGUGAAGAGGCGCCCGGCCCACCUCAUGGCCUUCCUACAGCAUGUGGCCCUGCAGUUUGAGCCAGGACCUCUGCUCUGCUGCCUGCAUGCUGACAUGCUGGGCUCCCUGGGCCCCAAGGAGACCAAGAAGGCCUUCCUCGACUUCUGCCACAGCUUCUUAGAUAAGACCGCGGUCCUACGGGUGCCAGCCCCUUCCAGCGUCACCUUUGAACUUGACCGCACACGGCCUGACCUCCUCUCUGAGGAUGUCCAGCGGCGGUUCAUGCAGGAGGUGGUGCAGAACCAGCAGGCAACCGUGGGCAGGCAGCUGGAGGACUUCCGCUCCAAGCGGCUCAUGGGCAUGACGCCCUGGGAGCAGGAGCUAGCCCAGCUGGAGGCCUGGGUUGGGCGGGACCGAGCCAGCUACGAGGCCCGGGAACGGCAUGUGGCCGAACGACUGCUGACCCACCUGGAGGAGAUGCAGCAUACCAUCUCUAACGACGAAGAAAAGAGUGCUGCUGUGGUGACUGCCAUCAGCCUGUACAUGCGCCACCUUGGGGUGCGGACCAAGAGCGGGGACAAGAAGUCAGGGAGGAACUUCUUCCGGAAAAAGAUGAUGGGGAACAAGCGGUCAGAUGAGCCUCCUAAGACCAAGAAAGGACUGAGCAGUAUCCUGGAUGCUGCUCGCUGGAACCGGGGAGAGCCCCAGGCUCCAGAUUUUCGACACCUCAAAAGCGAGGUUGAUGCUGAAAAGCUAGGCCCUACAGACCGGAAGGGAGCCCUGGGAAUGCCUUCUCGGGACCGGAAUGUUGGGACUUCUGGACAGGACACCCCUGGAGUCCCUCUGCACCCUUUGUCUGGAGACAGCCCAGACCGGGAACCAGGUGUGGAUGCCCCCCUGGACCUGGGGGACCCACCCCCACAGGGCACAGUGAAUUUGGAGCCCCCGGCGCCCCCAGAGAGCACAGAGGAGAGUGCUGAGACGGAGAGAAGGUGGAAGAGGCUGUCAGGGCGUCUGGGGCGCUCAGAGAGCCUGCGGGUGAGCGACCGCCGCCGGCCUUCCCGGGGCAGCCUCGGGGCUAAGGGCCGGGGUGGGGGCCGCUCCCGGAGCGACGUGGACAUGGACCCCAGCUCCGCCACGGCCGUGCUUGGCCCUGCCCGACGAGCCACCCCUGAGCCUGGAGAUGAGGGGGAGCCAGGGCGGUCAGGAGUAGAGCUGGAACCAGAAGAGCCUCCUGGCUGGCGGGAGCUUGUCCCUCCGGACAUCCUCCUCAACCUGCCCAAAAGCCAGGUGAAGCGGCAGGAGGUCAUCAGCGAGCUUCUGGUGACAGAGGCAGCCCACGUGCGCAUGCUGCGGGUGUUGCAUGACCUCUUCUACCAGCCCAUGGCCGAUGGGGGCUUCUUCCCGCUGGAGGAACUGCAGAACAUCUUCCCCAGCCUGGAUGAGCUCAUCGAGGUGCACUCCCUGUUCCUCGAUCGCCUGAUGAAACGGAGACAGGAAAGUGGCUGCCUCAUUGAAGAGAUUGGCGACGUGCUGUUGGCCAGGUUUGAUGGUGCCGAGGGCUCCUGGUUCCAGAAAAUCUCCUCCCGCUUCUGCAGCCGCCAGUCAUUUGCCUUAGAGCAGCUCAAGGCCAAACAGCGCAAGGAGCCCCGAUUCUGUACCUUCGUGCAGGAUGCUGAGAGCCGCCCACGGUGCCGCCGCCUGCAACUGAAGGACAUGAUCCCCACCGAGAUGCAGCGGCUGACCAAGUACCCCCUGCUCCUGCAGAGCAUCGGGCAGAACACAGAAGAGCCUACGGAACGAGAGAAAGUGGAGCUGGCAGCUGAGUGCUGCCGGGAGAUUCUGCACCAUGUCAACCAAGCUGUGCGUGACAUGGAGGACUUGCUGAGGCUCAAAGAUUACCAGCGGCGCCUGGACUUGUCCCACCUGCGGCAGAGCAGCGACCCCAUGCUGAGCGAGUUCAAGAACCUGGACAUCACCAAGAAGAAGCUGGUGCACGAGGGUCCAUUGACGUGGCGGGUGACCAAGGACAAAGCUGUGGAGGUCCACGUGCUGCUGCUGGACGACCUACUACUACUGCUCCAGCGCCAGGACGAGAGGCUGCUGCUCAAGUCGCACAGCCGGACGCUCACGCCCACGCCCGACGGCAAGACCAUGCUGCGGCCUGUGCUGCGGCUCACCUCCGCCAUGACCCGCGAGGUGGCCACCGAUCACAAAGCCUUCUACGUCAUUUUUACCUGGGACCAAGAGGCCCAAAUAUAUGAGCUGGUGGCACAGACCAUGUCAGAGCGGAAGAACUGGUGUGCCCUCAUUACUGAGACUGCUGGAUCCCUGAAGGUCCCCGCCCCUGCCUCCCGCCCUAAACCCCGACCUAGCCCAAGCAGCAUCCGGGAACCCCUGCUCAGCAGCUCUGAGAAUGGCAGCUGCAGCCGAGAGAUGCCUCCAGCUGACGCCCGGACUGAGAGAAUCUUCAGUGACCUCCUGCCCUUCUGCCGACCAGGCCCUGAGGGCCAGCUUGCUGCCACAGCCCUUCAGAAAGUGCUGUCCCUGAAGCAGCUCCUGUUUCCUGCGGAGGAAGACAACGGGGCUGGGCCUCCUCGGAACGGGGAUGAGGUGCCAGGUGGCAGCCCUCUGGGCCCAGCGCAGACCCAGGAAAUUCAAGAGAACCUGCUCAGCCUGGAAGAGGCCAUAAAGCAGCUAGAGGAAUUGGAGGAGGAACUGUGCCGCCUGCGACCUCUCCUGUCUCAGCUUGGGGGGAAUACUGUCCCCCAGCCUGGCUGCACCUGAGGCCCCUGCCCAGGCAGCAGCUCCAGGAUAAAGUGCCACAGCUGGAUCUGCCUCGAGCCAGGGGAUGACUCCGGCUUGUAGGCCCAAUCCGGGAAGGCAAACCCUGGAGACGGGAGGCAGGGAGUGGCCUGGAUGGGGACGCCAAGUCAGAAGCUCCAGGCUGAACUGAGCAACCAGAGAGGCCACCAGUGCUGCUCUGACGCCAAAGGAACAGCCACCCAGCCUCAGGCACCUCCAGACCUGCCCCGCUGGUGUGUCCAGUCCCCCAGCUGCCUAAAGGGGGAGGGCCCUGAGUGGUCCUCCCAGCCUGCUCCUCUACCUGGGCACAACUACCCAGGUUCAGCAGGGGAAGGGGUAAGGAUGUGAGGGAACCAUUUCCUGCCUCGGUGAUCAGGGAGGUGUAGCGGGGAAGGACAUCUUCCACAGUGGUAGCCAUUCUCCCCACUGCCCCAGGAGGCCUCUGGCAUCUCAGGCACCCUGAAACGCACCCAGCUCUUGCUGUCUUCUGUAGCCUAGUCCCUUGCCCUCUGCUCCUCCCCCACUCCCCGAGGCUCCCGGCACACUCUGGCUAAGCCUUGGCACAUCUGUCUCUGCACCUACCUGUGUGUGUGUGUACUCUUCAUGUCCCCGUGUCCCCACCCACCCACUGUGUCCAUGCUCAGGUCUUGCAUGUCCACUUGUGUGAUCUUGUGUGCCCGUGUGUUCCCGCACUUGCAGCACAUCGCAUACACUACACCAGGGAAGGUGGACACGCCAGUGUGCCACACUCCUGCCGAGGACCACCCAUGCAGGCACACCAGACACGGCUACCCGAGACAAGGCUGCGUCAUGCCAACGACCCAGCACUGCACACCCCACCUGUCACAACACAGUUACACAUCUCAGGUGCCUCAGAACUGGGACCCCUUGAACAACUGUGUUACAUAGGAACCCAAAGGCCCCAAUGACAAAAGCAGUGAUGGAGAUGGAUCAAGACAUCCGGGGCCUUAGAUGCACAGCCUGACAGGUGAACACAGCCACACUGCGCAGCAGAGCAGCCUCCAAACCCACACCCACAGGACCCACCUGUCAGCACCUGCCACAGCUCACUCGGAGCCACGGGUCUCACACUCAGGGGUUGGGUCCCAUUCCACAUACACCCAGAAACUGGGUGCAAAGAGAGGUUAUUGCCCACCCCUAAAUCUCACCUCCCAACCAGAAGGUCCUAAGCCCUGAGUCCAGCUUCUGUGCCAACUCCUAUGCCGUAUUCUCUGUCCCUUUCCUCUCUGCUCAGAGACCCCAGACCCAGGAGAGGAGGAGCAGGCUGGG